UCUUCAAAAAUGGUGAUAACCUCAUUCGUCCACACUUAAAUAGUGGCUACACUGAGUCCCUUCUUAUCCGCCACGAUGAACAAACUUUUUUCGCUUCUGUUGCUAGUCCUAGUGACUUCUCAGUAUGCCCAGACAUCAGUAUAUGAUGUCGUCGAAGACGCCAAAAUCGAGCUAAGCAACCUCCGAGCCCUCGUCCUCGGCCACAUCCAAGUCGCCCAAGACAACUUCGCCCACUACUACUCCGACAUAGCAUCAUACAGCCACAACAUUGUCAGCCUCGGAGAACUAUCCAUAGACCAAGUCUACGCAGAAGUAGCCACCGAACUCACCCAAAUCAAAGAUCUAGCCCUCGCCGCCGGCAAAGACAUCUCUUACUGCACAGGAGGCCGCGAACAGAUGAUCCACAGGCUUCCAGACGAGCUAAAAGGGCGACUGGAAACGUGCGUCGCCGCCCAAACCGACGAAGCUAAAAGCGUCUUGGACAGUUCCAUCUACCUAGUGGACACUGUAAUGACCAGAGUGCAGAGUCUGGAAUUCCAGCUGGAUCGCUGCGCGAACGAGCCUUCGUGCGUUUCGGUUCUUCUAACCCAAAUCGAAAAGGACACCACGGAUUUGCCUCUCCAGAUCCAGCUCCAGAUCAACAAAGCCAAGGAAAUGCUGGACGAGCUGAAGGUAAUAGUGAAGGAAUGCAACGACAACAACGUCGCCGAUUUUACAGCUUAUGUUACGGAUUUGGUUGCCCAAAUCGCGGACUGUGCUAACAAAAUUUUGGGCUAACUGUGGUUGAGUUUGGAAAAAUAAAGUCCGCAGUGAAA